UCCAUUGCUUUCGCCUUCGAUUUCUGAUACUUUUCACUUCUAAUCUCUGAUGAUGAUGGAGAUUAGGCAUUUGGAAGGAAUGGCUGAGACUGCAGCCGUGUUCCUCCUUGUGCAGAUUCUGGUUUAUCUAAUUCUCUCUAAAUCUUCCCAUGUCUUCUCUAAGAACACGAAGAGGUCUCUUAGUUUCAGACAGGUCCGAUCUCUGAGUAUCCGUCGGAUUAUGGCAGCUCUCUCCGAUUUCCCCUCUGGCGCCGGCGACCCAGACGAAAGUCGUGGGAAUGUGGAACAAUGUUCGAUGAAGGCAGUUCUUAAAUGAAGCUGGCCGAUGGGUUUCUUCUAUUGUUUGUCAUUUGGUGUUCCAUUCUUUAAAUUUUGUGAAUAAUUAUGCAUAUUUG